UGUUUGCCCUAACAGGAACCUCUCACAACUACUGAGGGGGGCGAUACGUGAAACCGAGUUUUUAACGGAGGGGGACAACAUCUCGACGGGGAAACACAAGACUUGUUCAGGAACUUUUCAUGUCACUGCUUGGAUUAGUUUAUCCAUAUCCAGGUAGUGAAGAGAAAGCGUAUGUAAGGGGAGGGGGAAGGUCUCCCUCCAGUUCGCAGGAAGGAUUUCGGGAAGCCAUCCAGUUUUUGGUGCGUUGCUUAUGCGGAAAGACGCCUCCACCCUGUGCGUAAAAAGCAAGACGACAGCCAGGACGCAGCUGGUGUUGCUCACCUGCAACAGACAGGUACACAGAACUGCGGAGCCGGAAGAAGGAACAGGUCGGCUUUUACUGGUAGUAGUUUUUUGUUUGCAUAGUUUCUUAGAUACAACUGCUGCCCCCGGCUUUUAGGAAACACGAUUUAUUUAUGAAAGUGCAGCGGCAUUCGAGGAAACAUGGCAGAGCAAAGAAAGAAGCUGCUUCUGAUCUUGGCGGACAUUCUUUGUGUACUUGUUGCGUCAUUACCGUCAGUCAUACUGACGUUAAGGUUCAGACCUUACUAUAGAGAUAUCUCCUGUGAUGACGAGAGCAUCAGCUAUCCAUACAGGAAAGACACCAUCUCCCAUGGAGUCAUGGCUGCAGUCACCAUCUGCUGCUCCAUAGUCAUUAUUACUACAGGAGAAGCCUACCUGGUACACACCAAACGCCUCCACUCCAACUCCCAGUUCAACCAGUACCUAUCAGCUCUCUACAAGGUGGUCGGCACCUUCCUGUUUGGAGGAGUCGUUAGCCAGUCACUGACUGACCUGGCAAAGUUCACCAUAGGUCGACCCCGUCCAAACUUCUUAGCCGUGUGCAACCCGAGCAGCUGUCAUGGUCUCGUGCUGGCGAGCAACUGCACUGGCGACCUUCGCAAUGUGACUGAAUCCAGGUUGUCAUUCUACUCCGGCCACUCAUCCUUCGGGAUGUACUGCAUGCUCUUUCUGUCGCUGUAUGUCCAGGCCAGAAUGCAGGGGAAGUGGACGCGACUUGUUCGACCGACCAUCCAGUUCUUCCUAGUGGCGUUUGCUUUGUACGUGGGAUACACACGUGUAUCUGACUACAAACAUCACUGGAGCGACGUAGUGGUGGGACUGCUGCAGGGAGCUCUCAUCGCCGUGCUCACGGUCCGAUAUGUGUCAGACUUCUUUAAGCAGCGACCCCCACCCUGCGACAGACCAGACACAGCAGAGAGCGACUGCCUUGAGCGUAAACCAAGCCCGCAGCCUCCUGAUUCGCAGCACGGAAACCACUACAACUACUCUGGAUCUGUAUGAGCACAUUACUGUAUGUCACAGCCACUCUUACUAAUCUGGGCCUGCACGCUCUAAUAGCAGCUCUGUUAUCACGUGACUUAAAAGAAAAAGAGAACACUGCAGUGACCACUAGCUGGAAAUCCGGAGUAGACCUGCUCCUCCUGGAGGUGACUUCCGAAACAUUUUACAGCUCUGAAAACUCAGAUUCUCAAAACAUGUUGGAACAAAAGUGCCACCAUCUGUGUGUCUUAGUGUGUGUGUGUGUGUGUAAAAUGCAAAAAUGUGUGAUUGAGAUGUGAUGUUUUAUAUGACCACAUGAAAUUAAAUCUGUUUUUAUUAUCUUUUUAUGCAAGUUGUGAUAAGACGUUUCAGAUUUGUGUGAGAUGCAAACAUUUAGGCACCCCUUGAUAACAGAUUUUGGUGAUUUUUUUUUUUUUUUAACAGAUAACACAGUC